AUGCAGACCUGCAGCGCCAGGGGCUGCAUCCCCUCUCUGUCUCUUGCCCUUGGGGAGACUGUGGAGAUUGAAGUGUAUGUGCACUCCGCCUUGCUGCUGCCGCUGCCGCUCGACGCGGUGGCUGUCAGACUCUCCGGCGUCCCAGCUGCAGCGCAGGGGAUAUCGCAGCCCUCCAGUGCAGCAGCAGCAGCAGCAGCGGCGACCUCCGAGUUGUCGGGUUGGCUGGUUGUGACGUCCGCCUCGCUGCAGCAGCAGCAGCAGCAACACGAGCAGCAGCAAGAGCUGCCGCAUCCUCAGGAGCUCGUGCUGCACCCAGGGGUUAAUGCUCUGCGGCUGCUCUGGUGCUGCUGCCAGCCCGGCCUCUUCUUAGUUGAACAAAUUUGCUUCCUCCUAAAUGACAUCGUUUUUGUGCAGUGGGCUGGGGACCUCCCGCCCCCGGCGCUGCUGCCGAGGGUGGCGGCCGCAAUGGAAAGAGCCCUUGUUGGUGUGUCUGGUGCUUCUGCUGCUGUUGCGGCAGCUGCAUCUGUGAACACCAACGCAGCGACGAACUCUUUGAGCGACGAAAGAAACGACAGCAGCAGCAGCAGCAGCAGUUCAUCUGUCCCCGCCCUGUCGGAAGCAGCAGCGGAAACAGCAGCAGCAGCAGCACGACCGUGCGCAAACCCUUACUACGUUCGAGAGGAUGCAGGGGACCAACUUUCUGCUGCUGCCUUUGCAGAGAGACUCUAUGGAGACCCUCGCACCUUCGCUGUGUCUUCUUGCUCACCUGCAGGGGCUACGCUGCUGCACCCUUGUGCUGCUCUUGAGCGGCUGCUGCACCCGCUCAUGUUGGAGUACAGACACUCGAGUUCCUGCGUGGCAGUGCAGGUGGACCCCCUUUUGCCGCAGCAGCACCACAUGCUGCUGCAGCGCCUAAAAAACCUUCAGCAGCAGCAGCAGCAGCAGGAGCACGUGACUGGAGACUUGCUGCAAGGCAGCACAAACGUGCUGCUGGAAGGCGUCCAGUCUUCGCUGCUGCUGACCAUAAAUGUGCCCUGGGGCUUCGUAGAUGGGGGCGCCCCACGGCUGCGGGUGCUGCAGGCCCUCAGUGUGGGGGCUCCCAGCAGCUGCAGCAGCAGCGUUGAAGAUGAGGAGGAAGCCGUGGAGAGUCUCUCCGCCUCUGAGCUGCAAACGCUGCCCACGGAGUCCUUCAGUGAUGCCAAGGGGACCCCAGCAGCGGCGUCAGCCCAUGGGGCCCCAAAGGGGGUGGCCACCAGAGCAGCCACCCAUGUUGCAUUUGGCCGCAUGCAGCAGAGCAGCAGCAGGGACAGCGGCAGCUGGAGCUGCAAUGAGGCCUCUUCUACACCGGGCGCCGCAGGGGCUGCUGCUGCACAGGAGGCUGGGAGCUGCUUGCAAGCGGCCCCCAGCUGGGGCCAUCAAGCCUCCCAUGUGCAGCGUACAGCCUGCAGCAGCUGCUGCUCCACAUUCUCCUUUCCGAGGCCCCUUCAGCUGCUGAUAGACUGGGAGGGUGCUCUUUGUCUAUCCAUUGAUGGGUCUCCUUCAGUGUUUCCUUUGUCUCAGUUUAAACAGGACCCUACGGGGCAGGCCGUGGCCCCCACGGCAGCGGCAACAGCAACAGCAGCAACAGCUGACAGCAAGGCGAGCAGGUUCGAGGUGCACCAAGUGCAGCAAGAGAUCAUUUGCGACUCAGAGGGAGCAGAGGUGGUGGUGGCGGUCCCCCGUCUCAGCAGUGGAGGCAACAGCAGCAGCAGCAGGAGCAGCAACAGCAGAAGCAGCAGCAACAGCAGUAGUGACGAAGAGGAACUUGGAUGGAUCCCGCUACCCCCCUUCAGGUCCUGUGUCCAGCUGCUGCUGCCUGUCUGCGUCUCCUGCGCCCCGGGCUGGGGGCUCACAGGGGGGCCAGCGCUGCAGCAGAUGCACACGGGGGACAGUUUCUACCCUCGCGGGGAGUGGCUGCUGCCAGCAGAUGCUGCAGGAGAGUCCCCUCUGAGUGCCUCCAGGAUGCAAUGGCGUUUCCAGGGAAGCUGCGGCGCAUGCGAAGACAUGAAGGGCCCCAGCAGCGACUCAGCGCUUUCAGGGGGCCCCUCUGGUGCCUCCCGCUGCCGCUGCAGCAGCAUCAGCAUUUCCGAUUCCCUCAGCCGCAGCAGGCCCACUCGAGCUCCGCCGGCGGCAGCUGUUGGACGGGGCCUUGUAACAGUGGCGACAGCCCUCGCCUUCACUUGCAGGAAGAGGCUUCCUGCUGCAGCAGAUGCUGCAGCAGCUACUGCAGCAAGUACCACCACACCGGCGGCACACAAUGAAGAUGAAGACUGGCACGAGCUCGGGAUGUUUCCUGCUGCAGUUGCUCUUGACGGGGUGAACGAUGCAGAAGAUGCUGCAGAGGAGGCUGAGUCUAUGCAACGGCACUCCUCUCGUUCGAACUGCGCCCCCAGCAGCAGCAGCAAGACCAGCAGCAGCAGCAGCGGGGAGCCGGAGCUAAUGGUGAUCCGUCUUCACAGCGUGGAGGUCAGCGCUGCGCUCACGCACUGUAUCUCGCUUUCCCGUGUCUCCGACGCGCUGCAGGUGGUGCAGGUGCUGCUGAAGGCUGCUUCAGCAGCAGACAGGCUUGUGCUUGUGUCCGCGUCCAUUCGGCCGCGGCAGCAGCAGCAGCAGCAGCAACAGGACGAACUGCAACUGGGCGCUCCAUCCGUGUCUCUGAUCGCCCCUCCAGACCCCUUAUCUAAUGAGGCAGUAGCACAAAUUGGAGAGUCAGUCACGCUGGGCAGUCGACUGCCGCCCGGUGCUGUACAGACUCUUCUCGUAAAGGUGCAGUACCCUCUCCCCUCUUACGGGGUUUUCAGUCUUCCGACGAAAAAUAAAAGUGGCAGCAGCAGCAACAGCGGUGACAGCAACAGCAGCAGCAACAACAGCAGCAGCAGCAGCAGCAACAGCAGCAGCAGCAACAGCAGCAGCAGCAACAGCCCUUCGAUGGCUUUUUAUGACUUGGUUGUGAGCUACGAGGUCGACGGCGGGAACUUGGGGAGUUCAGUGCCAGAAUGUUGCGGUAGCCUAGGCGGUCUUUCAUACGCGCAGCUCAGCAGCAGUGGCAGCAGCAGCAGCAGCAACUGCAGCGACAGCAGCCGCAGCUCGCUGUCCUACGUGAUUCCCCUGCAGCUGCCGGCUAGGGCGCCCCCGCUGCUAACUGCCCUCGACUGCCCGCGCACGGGACGCGUGGGUUCAGCUCUGUGUGUGCAGCUCCGUAUCACGAACACGACGCACGAGGCGAUGGAAAUAUGCCACAGAGUGUGCUUAGAGUUUGACCGCCAAGACCCGCCGGGCAGCCAAGUCCGUGGGGGGCCCCCGGGGACCCCCGGGGCCCUGGAAAAGCGAAGGCAAAGGGCCUCAGGGGGCACUCAAACUCCUGCAAAGUCACCUCGAGUCGGGGAGUGCCACGACUGGCUAAUGGCGGGCUCGAAGUGCAGAGCCGUCUUGUUAGAAGGAGGCAGAAGCACCACUGUGUCCUUCUCUGCCAUCCCCUUAAGGGCGGGGUCUCUUUGCCUUCCUUUCGUGAGGCUGUUAUAUAGGCGGGCCCCCCCAGGGGGUGCCUGUGAGGGCCUCGGGGCGUGGGGUGGGCCCCUAGGGCCCUCUGCUGUUGCCGCUUCGGCUCUAGUUAGGGGCCCCCUAGCUGCAGCGGGGAAUAGAGGCGCCGCUGCCGACGCCUGCAGCAGCCCAGAGGCCAGCCCGUGGGUGCCUCUCCACGGGGGCGAGUCCCUUACAGCUGGGAGGGAGGUGCUGGUCCUUCCUAAGCUUGUCUCCACACCUGAAGUCAGGCUGCUACAAGACUACACUUGCUAG